AUGACCUCAGCCGCCGCGCAGUCAAGCGAGCCGGAGCCGCGCCCGGCCAUGGCCUCAAUUCCCUCGGAUUCCACCUCGCUGCCGUUGGCUGCAAGUCGUCCUCCGUUGCCUCCGUCGGCCGCCUCAUCGAAGGGAGCCGGAUCGGUGGGCGCUUCGCCGGCGGUCUUCCCCAACGGCGAGUCACUAUCCGGCGGCGGGCCUGGGGCGCGCGCAAACAAGGAGCUAUUUGUCGCCUCGACACCCAGCCGGACGCCACGCAGCGACCGGUCCUCCGCCGGGCCGAUCUUGCCCGGGACUCCGGGCAGCAGCGGCGGUAGCAGCAACACCGGUGGCGGCACAUACCCAGGGGGACAGCCCCCGGGCGGUGUCUUCCGCGAUUGCCUUCCCUCCACGUUCGGGCUGUUUACCUCCACCGAGCCGGCCCCCCUGGAGCCCGGAUCGCAGCCGCCCCACCUCGCCCUGGCCCAUGUUCUCGGCCUGUCGAAACGCAUUCGCAAGCCCUUGUCCCGGCCGGCGGUCCGGCGCUGGGCCCGGUGCGAGUAUUUCUACUCGCCGGUCGACUCGGUCAUCUUCCAAGAUGGCUUGAACUCCAAUCGCGAGGCCAUCUCCUCGACCAUCGCCGACCAGCUGGCCUCGCAUGGGGUGUUCGAUGUAUCCAAACUGUCACCCGGACAGUGGCACACCCUCAAGCGCCGGUACCUGCGGCCGGCACGGCGCUUCUCCGACGCCUUCUUGCGCGAGGAGCUGACUCGGAUCGGCCGCCUCCGGACCGCCAUCUAUGGCAUCCAGUCUUCACAUGGCCUGGUCCCGGAUGACAUCGAUCCCGAGGUGGAUGUCCCGCUUCAAGUCCCGGCGCAUCUGGUCGUUGGGACCAUUGUCAAAGUUCGCAUCUAUGAGUCCAUGUCGCCGGCUUGGCUGGCACAGCUGGCCAGCCAGGCGGGCGGCUUCCUCCUUGGCCGGGUGGUGGCGGUCGAUGUGGCGGCCGGUCGUUAUUUGGUGCACUUCGUUGAUCGCGCCGAUGCCCUCUACUCGCCGCCACCAUUGGCUGGCGCUUCGCAAGGCGGCGCCAUCCUGUCGGUGGCCGAGCAGGACAUCCUCCCUCUUCGGCCAUCGGAAAUGUUGGCCGUGUCUGUGGCCAUUGACUCGGCGACCACGGCCACCGCGGCGGCGGUGGCCGCCGCCGCCGCCGCCGCCGCAACGGCCACCCCCGGUAGCACCGAUGCGGGUGGCUUGCUUGUUGGGGGUGUGCCAACCGGGCUGCUGGGCCCCGGGACUGGGCUUCCGGCCGUGCCGCCGUCACCCCUGGCCGCCACUCCAACCGCCUCGCGGACAUUCUCCUUCAGUCUCGGGGCCGAGUCGCCGGCUGCCGGGGCGGAUCUCGUGACGCGACUCACAAGUACCCCCUCCUCCGGGACAUCAUUGCGUGCCACCACCCCGAGCGCCACCGGUGCCGGGGCUCCUCCAUCGCCCUUUGCAUAUGGCCUGCGGACGCCCUCGCGCAGUGGCACCGCCCCGGCCCUGGCGGCCGCCGUGACAACCCCCCACCGGGCUUCCUUGUCGGCGUCGGCACUGACCGCGGCCGCGGCCGCGUCGCUGACAUCGCCGCGUGGCUCGCGCGAGCCGCCCACCCCGCUUGUGCCCCUCUCGCCAGCUCGGCCGGCGACGACGCACAAAUUCCAUGCCGUGCGUAGCUUGCUGAACUUGGAACGCCAGCUGCAGGUCAAGCGCGUGCUGCUGGAUCACCUGGCCGAAAUCAAUCACCAUGCGGCGGCCCGGCUGCGCAAGGCCCGUGCGGAUGCCGGGCCCGGCGGCGCGUCCACAGCCAUGGCACCAGCCGCCCCGCCGCAUGAGUGGAGUCCCGACUUCCGGAUGUACUAUGCGCGCAUUCUGGCCGCCCUGGCCUCCCUGGACUCGUCCAUCAGUGCGGCUGCCCUGCAGGUGUCCAAUCACCUCUGGCUGAUGGACCGCCAGCGUGGGGUCAGCGCGGCGGCCGCGGCAUUGAUGCCACGCUCGGUUGACACGACAUCCGACGCGGAGUUCGGGGAGCUCGGUGGCUUUGAGGACUUGGAUCCGGAGGCCGUUCGUGCGUCGGAUCAGGCUCUCUUCAAGUUCAGCCAGCUGGCCGCCAGCACCCGGGCAGCCGCCAUUUAUCGGGACCUGUGUGUGGCGCAUACGUUCCGCUCGUCGGCCCUCCUGCGCCAAGCCAUCGACACCUUGGGCCAAAUCCUGGGCCCAGGGGCAUUGGACCAGGCCCCGGCCGCGUCGAUUGCCCCAGGCACUCCGGCCAGCCGGCAUCCUGCGGGAUCCCACCGGGGCCGCGAUGUCGCCAGCCCCCAGACUGGCUCUGGCUCAUCAUCAUCAUCAUCAUCAUCGACGGGCAUGGCCAUGGUCGGAAGUCCCUUCACACUGUCGCCGGGGUCGCCGGACAUCGACCUGUCCAAUCCACUGUCGCUUCUGGCCCGGGCCGCCAUUCAGUCCCCGCCACAGCCAUCGCUCGGUGUGGCCCCGGACACGGGGUCACCAGCAUCUCCGGCCGGCCAAGUCCUCGCCGCCAGCAACCGGGACCCGACACAGGCCUUGCGAUUUGUCCGCCUGGCCAUUGAGUUCCUGCUGUCCAUGCGGGCGGUGGCCGGUGCCCCUGCCCCGAGCAUCCCCUUGUCGGCUCCGUCAUCCACGCGCGAGGCGGCCCUGGCCAAUGCCAAAAGUGCGUCCCUCUUCUCGGUGCUAGAUGUGGCGGCUCGCGAAACCGGUCGCCUCAUGGUGGCCAAUCAGGCCGCAGCGGCAUGCCCACCGACACCGGUCGGCGGGGUGGCGCCGCCGGUGGCAAGUACCGCCGGCGACCGGAUAGCCGGCCUGUUGGCCGGGCCGCCGGGGUCCCUGACCGCCGCCGCGGUGCAGCCGGUCCCCGAGGACUCGAUGUCCGACGUCGGCAUCUUGGACCUAGAUGCGACGAGCCUCGGCGCGACGGCUGCCUUCCAGGCCAGUGUCCUGUCCCUGGUGCAGGUGUACUCGGCCAUCGCCGGGCAGGCAUCGGCUCGGGAGGGCCCCUCGGCCGGCACGCCGGGCGAACUGGCUUCCGGUGGCGACCCCAUCGGUGGCAUGGAGUCCGGCCCGACACCCGAGCAGAUGCACCACGCUUUGCAGGCUUUCAGCUCGGCGGUCCAGCGGACGGCCCAAACGUUGGGGAUUUCCCUGGCGACGGUGGACUCGAAGUCCGGCCCACCGGGUCUUGGGCAGCUCCUGCCCGACGCCACGACCUUGCUUCCGGGCUUCCCGGCGCGGCCGAGCCUGGAGGUGGUUGCCGCCGCCGGGGGAGGUGACAUUUUCGACCUGCUCGAGCCAUCCAUCGAGUGUCCGGUGGUCGUCGUGCGCGAUGUGGAUCUGCUCACCGGGCGCGGAGAUGGACAUGCCGCGCCUCCCAUCGUGGGCACUUGCACGACACCGGUCGCCGGCGAUGGGGGGACAGCCUCCCGCCGGGAGGGCCUGCCGACACAGAGCCCGCUCUUUCGCUGUGGCGACCAGGAUGGCGGCGGCGGCGGCGGCGGCGGCGGCGGCGGCGGCGGCGGCGGCGGCGGCGGCGGCGGCGGUGGCGGUGGCGGCAUCCUCAGCGCCAGCACCAGCACUCCCAACGCUGGAGACGCUGCUGGCGGCGGUGGCGUAGACCCUGGCACCGGGCCCGGGUCCAGGCCUGGGGUUGAGUCUGGUGGGAGAGCUGGGUCGAAUGGUGGGUCUUCCACGGAUCCGGAACCCGCGGAGGGGCUUCCCCCACCGGCCGAGGUGCUGUCCCUGCUGCCAUUCCCCCCAACUGGGGAGCUGCUGGAUGCCCGGCCGGCGAGCCCCUCCCCACAGGAUGGUCCCCGGCGGCGGCGUCCUAUUGAGGGCGAUGAGUCGCCCACGUGUGCGAUCAAGCGCCCGAAGACCGAGGCUCCUGGGUCCCUCUCGUCGACGUCCCUCCCGCGGGCCGAGUCGGCCGGGCUGGACUUGCUCUUCUCGGUGGCGGACUCGGUCUCCCAGGGGGACUUGCUGCUGGACUCGGCGGCGGGCCCGCGUCUGGAGAAGACGCCGCCCCUGGGCGAGGCAGGCUCCUCGUCAGGGCCACCGACGCCGUCGCUGCCUGUGGCAGGCUCCGUCGAUGGCCCCGGGGUUGUCAUCGCCGCCGCCGCCGCCACCGCCGCCGCCGCCGCCACUGCUGCUGCUCCUAUGUCGGACAAUGUGGCGGCGAUGUUGGUUGAUGAGUCGCUUCCGUCAACGCCGCUGGUUCGGCGGGUGGCAGUGACCCCCAUCGGGGAGGCUGACGAGGGCGGCGCCAAGGAGGCGGGCCACGGCUUGGCGGCUGCGGGUGGUCCUCCUCCGCUGAAGGGUGAUUGUGCGAUGCGGGCAGCGGCAGCACCCCUGCCGGACACCGACGCCACGGUCAGCUCGACGGACUGACGCGUCGUCCCCCCGCUCCCUGGGGCCUGCCUCGGCCCUCGCACUCCGAGAGGCAUAUGCAUGGGGGGAGCCUCAUGUGUGUUUUAUGUGUGCGCGCAUGGGGUAGUACGAGCCCUCCGUGCUCCCUCGGUCCCUCGUGCAACAGCUCUGGGGCUGGACGUGUUUGCCCUUGCGCAUGCGUGAACCUGGCGCGCUUCGCACCCAGGCACACGCGCACACACGCACCUAUAUAAAUAUGUUUAUAUUUAUGAAUACACACCCACUCUCUC